AUGGGCCCAACAGCAUCGACUGGGACAACGAGUACAACAACAACGACAACGGCAACAACAACAACAACAACAACAAAUUUAACGGCAACAACUACUUCUAUUUUAACGACAUUCACAGCAACGCUCAACAACAAGAAUGAUUUUUGUAAUAAAUAUGAUGAAGACCGACCUUGUGAAAAGUACAAGCAAUUUCUGGAUUCUUCUCGUCAAGAACGUACUUUUAUGAUUGAAAAACUGGUUGAAAUAUUUGCUAAUGUGAUCGAUUCUAUUUGGCACCCAAAGUUUUUGUUGGAUCAGCAAAAAGCAAAAGUGAUUCCAACUCGUGGAUUCUGUAACGAGAUUUUGAAGCGAUCCAACACAACUUACGCCACCUUACAAAUCAGUCUCUUCUAUGUCUUUCGAAUCAAAAAAGUGGUUCAUGAAAAACUCUUUCGACGUUAUCAAGCAGCCCAAAACCCACAACAGAUGAAACUGCCACGGCAAACACAUUUAGAUGAUCUUAUGUGUUGUGGCCGUCGUAUGUUUUUAGCCUCUUUAAUGGUAGCGUCCAAGUAUCUGCAUGACAAGAAUUACCACAACAAGGCUUGGUCAAAGAUCACGGGUUUGGAUAUCAAAGAGAUCAACGCUGCAGAAAUGGCAUUUUUGAAGCUCAUCGACUACCGUUUGCAUGUCAGUAAGCCGACUUUUGACAAAUGGUAUACACAACUUCAUGGACAUAUCCAACGC